AUCAAAUCAAAUCCAAUUCAGCAUUUCCCCAGAAAUUCAUUUGCUUCAUUAUGGGCAACCCAAUUACACCCGCCUCCUCCUCCAAACCUCUUUUCUUCAUCUUCCAAUCAAAGCUCCUCUGUUUCUCUCUGCUUUAUCUCUUUGCCUCUCUUUACUUCACUUUCUCUCAAUCCAAACAAUGCUUCUUCACGUCAUCGUCUCCCUCCAAUGAUCCUAUUUUGUCUUCUUUGUAUUCCUACCCUUCAUCUUAUGGAGAGCACAAGUAUGCGAUUCCAACAACCCGCUCCACCUGCUCUUCUCCAAUUAAGUUUUCUGAUUACUGGGAUGUUUUGAAGGUAAUUGAGAAUUACGGCAAGAACUCUCCGUCUUCCUCGUGUGUUCUGAGGUAUAUGCAGGGUAAUACGGAUAGCUUUGGAGGGAACUUCAGUACAUACAAGAGGUUUUCUUAUUUCGAUCACCAAAGCGAUAAUACCGAAAUUCCCUGUGGUUUUCUGAAAGAUUUCCCAGUCAGUGAUUCUGAUCAAAUUGCCAUGGAGAAAUGUGAUGGAGUGGUUGUAGUGUCAGCAAUCUUCAACGAUCAUGACAAAAUCCGGCAGCCAAGAGGCCUUGGAUCAAAAACAAUGGACUAUGUAUGUUUCUUCAUGUUUGUAGAUGAUGUUACUCUCAAGGGGCUUAAACACCAUGGACUUCUAAAUUCAACACAAUCCAGUGAAUACAAGGUAGGUGUAUGGAGGAUCGUGAAGGUUUCAAGCCGAAACUUGUAUCAGAAUCCAGCAAUGAAUGGAGUUAUACCCAAAUUCUUAGUCCAUAGAUUGUUCCCGAAUUCGACAUUCAGCAUUUGGAUAGAUGCGAAACUACAAUUAACGGUUGAUCCAUUAUUGUUGAUUCAUUCGCUUGUUAUAAAUGAGAACGCAGACAUGGCGAUAUCAAAACACCCAUAUUAUACUCACACCAUUGAAGAAGCAAUGGCUACUGCAAGGUGGAAGAAAUGGCGGGAUGUCAAUGCCUUGAAGAUGCAAAUGGAGACUUACUGUGAAAAUGGAUUACAGCCAUGGAGUCCCAGCAAGCUUCCUUAUGCCUCAGAUGUUCCAGACAGUGCUCUGAUCCUGAGGAAGCACGGGAUGGCCAGUAACCUGUUCUCUUGCCUCAUGUUCAACGAGUUGGAGGCAUUUAACCCAAGGGACCAAUUGGCCUUUGCCUUUGUGAGAGACACCAUGAGACCCAAAAUGAGAGUGAACAUGUUUGAGGUAGAAGUUUUUGAACAGGUGACCAUUGAAUUCAGACACAACCUGAAGCACCUUGAAGCGGCCAAAACUGCCACCAAAAUGCCCAGCACUAAAGGAUCCCACAGAGCAGAGUCAGACACGCUGUUUGAAAAUGGAACGUCUGGCGGCGGAUGCUCCAACUAUCUAAUCACAAUGUGGGGUGAAUCCCCACGAUUGAUACCCAAAAGUUAAGGACAGAAUAAUAAUAUGAUUAUUAUUUGUUUAUACAGAGUAAAGCGAAGGAUAAGGAAGAAAUAGGGGAGCCUAAUUAUUGGUUUUGUCUUUUGACAAAGUGUUAAAAUCAUAGACGGAGGCUAAUACUUUAAAAAAGAGAGUAGGAAUCCCUCUUUCAUUUCAUGAAGAAAUAUUAAAGCUGCCAGCUUGGGACAGGUUAGCAGGAACUUUCUGGUCUUUUGCUCUUUUGUAUUUAUUCUUUUUUAUAUAUUCUCUUUGCUAGAUUCCUUUUCCUACUUGAUGGUUUUUGAUGCAAAGGGAGGGUAGAAUAGUGAAUUAAUUUAUUAGAUGAUUCAUGGUUCAUGCCUGUCAUCCAUUUAUAUUAUUAAUUAUAUAAACCCGAUUUUUUU